AUGGGGAGGUCUCACAAUUCACCAUUGUCCAAGGUGAAGCUAAGCUCACCCCAGGCUUCGAAAGAUGAUAACCUCGACUACUUGAACCUGCCGAAAGAUGCUCACGGCUCCAGGUCUCCUUGCCGAAAGUGUGGGAGCAGCCUCUUACCGAGUGGAUCUUGCCAAACCCAGCUCAAGACCUUGCCAACUCGUGAGGCCCAGCUCUAA